AUGGUGAAUUCAUUUUUGGUUUCUAGGGUCGGAGCAAAGGUUGUACCUAGAGGGAUCAGACCUGCAAUGGAGGUUACGUCGAACAAAGUUGGUGUUAACAUGCCACAGGAAAGAUGUUAUCCUCGUCUACAAUACAGUAGAGUCGUGUCUCAUAACAUUAAAAAGGGGUUAUAUUGGCAUGGAAGGAGAUGGAGGUUAAUACUUCAGGAUAACCAAGUUAAGAUUCCUCUCAAUGUAAACGAGGAUCAGAUUCGGCUCAAGUUUGACAGGUUACUGAAUGUUAAUCCCGCCCUAGAAGUCUUGAUCGAGGGUCCUAAAGAGGAAGCCAUUCAAAAUUUGACUCAAGAAGCUGAGACACUGUUCGUUGAUAUCGACUUGAACAAUGUAACUGUUGUUCAUUGUAUAGGUGGCACGGCUCCCAUUCUUGGAGUUGAUGGUGAGGCAAUUGAUGUUAACCCUCCUGUUACUGGUGGUGGGGGUGAUGAUGAUGACAUUCCACGUUUUGACGCUGUUGAUGAGGGUAAUGCUAAUGCUGACCCACCUUUUGGUGAUGCGAGUCAUGUUGAGGCUUUAGCCAAAAUUCUUAGUGCAAACUUGACUGCAAGUUUGACAAGAAGUCUUGGUAAGAUUCUCACUACUACCUUGGAAAAAAGUCUAGAAGAUAAAGAUUUAAUCCAAAAAAUUCUAGAGUGUUUUUAUGCAAGGAUCACUACUAUGUUGAAUGAAGAAGUCAACAAAUCUAAUGCAAUUGCCAAUUCACAGAUGCAGCGUAUUGAGGAAGCUUUGGUUUCUUUGGAUAGGAAGAUUCAGGGUAUAGAGAUACAGAAAGAAAAAGACAAAGAGUAG